UAUUUGAACGAAAUGGAACUUGCAUUUUUCUAUUUGAAUCCUCGAUGAUACAGUAAUUCGAUCUGGAGUUAUGUUACUCGCGUAUUUUUAUCACGGUUCGCGCGUUUUUAUCACAGUUCAAAGAAGAUCAUGGGGAUUGAAAACGGUGACAAUAAUUUGAUGGAUAUUGAAAUUUGUCCGUCGACCAGUGGAAAGGACAACAGAAGCAAGGCAGAUGAUAGAAAAUCGUUGCAUUUACCAUGGAUUGAAAAAUACCGACCACAGGUGUUCUCAGACAUUGUUGGAAAUGAGGACACAGUGCAGAGACUCUCAGUUUUCGCUAAAAAUGGGAACUGUCCUAAUAUCAUCAUUGCCGGACCACCAGGAGUUGGCAAAACAACAACCGUACUAUGUUUGGCACGAAUUUUGCUCGGUCCAGUUUUCAAAGAUGCAGUAUUAGAAUUAAAUGCCUCUAAUGAUCGAGGAAUAGAUGUUGUUAGGAACAAGAUUAAAAUGUUUGCCCAGAAAAAGGUAAAUCUACCAAGUGGAAAGCAUAAGAUAAUAAUUUUAGAUGAAGCUGAUAGUAUGACAGAAGGGGCUCAACAAGCGUUACGUAGGACAAUGGAAAUUUACAGCAAUACCACAAGAUUCGCAUUGGCUUGUAACAAUAGUGAGAAAAUUAUUGAGCCUAUUCAAUCACGUUGCGCGAUGCUUAGAUAUGGAAAAUUAUCGGAUGCACAAAUUUUGGCAAAAGUCAUCGAAGUUUGCAAGGCAGAAAAUGCUUCCUAUACCGACGACGGUUUAGAGGCCAUAGUGUUCACUGCCCAGGGUGAUAUGAGGCAAGCAAUGAACAAUUUACAGUCCACACACAAUGGCUUUGGCCAUAUAAACAGUGCAAACGUUUUCAAAGUAUGCGAUGAACCACACCCGUUAUUAGUUAAGGAAAUGCUCGAACAUUGUAUAGAAAGAAAUAUAUGUAAAGCUUAUAGGGUAAGCACAAUUUAUCAAUUUCUUAAACUCUUGUGUAGGUCAAGCGUAUAAC